AUGAACUUCCCAGAUCCUGCUCCGGAAGAUGUAAUAUUGCCAGGCGCGGCCGUCGUUCAACCACCUCAAGACCAGGAGCCGCUCAAGUUGGACGAUUUCAUCGCACUGUGCCGUCGCGCUGGCGUCGUCGCUCCGGACGCAUCCCUUGCUCUUGACGAAUGCUUCAUCUUUAAACACCGGCCGGACUACCAGUCAAUCAUAGGGGAAUGGGGUGCACUUAUUGGGCACAGACCAUACGACGACGUUUCUGAUACUAGCGACCCAAUCGCAACAGAGAGCAACGGAGUGAAUCGGAUCUGGUCAUGGGAUCAUCGCAAACAGACGCUCGAGUUUGUCUGCGAGCAUUGGCGCUCGGAGAACUCCGAUGUCGCACCCUCGCUUGAGAAGAAGCAGGUCAUUCACACGAACGAGACUUCGACAAGCUGGAAUCUGUACGCAAAACCAGCCACGCAUGGUCAGGUCCACCUCUCUGCGCGCCCGACGCUAUUCAACGAUGACGGAACGCUUCUACGCAUAGGCGCACAGCUCUUCUCCCUUGAAGCUGAGCGCACGUAUCAACCUCUGGCUUCGGGGAAAGCGGACCUCUGUGAACAUCCAUCGUACUUCGAGGAGUUCGCAAGACGCGGUGCCUUUGUGGCCAUUGCCAGCCGCGCACACACUGCUGCUCAGAACGUAUAUGACGACUUCAAGACCUUCGACGGGUUUGGCGCGACCCUUCUGCGCCUGGAGUCACUCGCGUUAGACGAAUACGACGAGACUGACGAUGAGUCUGAAAGUGAGAGCGACCCGGAUGAGUUCUCUGUUACAUCGUCCGAGUCUGAUGGUCGGGAAUCGUGGAGCGAGGGUUCGACUGAUGUCGAUGAUAUGCUGGAAUCCGACUUCGACUCCGACUCAGCGUCUGUGGAUUCCUCAAGCUCGUCAUCUGCGGACGCCCAGUCCGUCAAGACACCAGUCGAUGAGCCGCAGAUCGACGCUCCCUCCAGGCCCGACACUCCCGAGGUGGACGAAACGGGCAUCGAGCCUGACGCGAAGUCCAUACCGGACGACGAAUCGCGACCUCCUUCUGUAAUAUUGGCUCCACCAGACCAUGGCUUGGGGCGGCGUGGCAUCUACCGGAGUAGGCGCCCUCCUCGCGCCUACGUCAUCGAGCGAGGCAGCGCCAGAGAACGCGAGCCUGAAGUGCUCCUUACCGUCUUCGGGAUCCACAACGCAGGACCCCCCACAAAGCUCUUUCAGUAUAAGCAUCCGUUAUCCCACAUGAUCUAUGAGUCUCCUCCAGCACUUCAUCCGCACAAAACACUUGCCGUAUGGCCACUCGGUUCAGGCAGCAUCCUCUUUGCAGACUUUGUAGAGAAGACAUAUCAUGUUCAGCAGUUACGUCCAUCCACCUCAUUCUCGCGAAAUGUGUCCAUGAAGGUACACUUUUCUCCCUGUGGCCAAUAUCUCCAUGUCGCUGCUCUCGAAGCGAGGCCUGAAUCCGGCGAAGAGCCAAAUCCGAGGCACCGCUCACGGAGUUCCUCGAUUGGACUUCGCAUCUACCUUUUGCUGUCAACCUUCCGCCUCUCCUCUCGAAAGACCGCGCGCAGUCCACCCCCACUCGUACAUCGAGCCAUAGCCAACCUCGGGAAACACAUCAAGCUCAACGUCCUGCGACUUCCAUUCACGUUCGUUUGGACCGAGACCGACUUGUUCGUCACACAGAGAGGGACAACACUAUCUGUUCAACGCCUCGCGCUCUUCGGCGCCUCGCAGUCAACGACGCCCAAGUCGCCUGAAGCGCAUGUCCUUGUGCCAAAGAACACGAUAAUCCUUCCUGUAUCUGCCUCAACCCGCGACGUACACUUCAUGCCGUCGGACGGCGACAAUUGCACCGUCAUUAUUGGCAGUGACCCGCGCAUGGAUGCUUCCUCUCUAGCCAUUGCGCCUGGAACGCGUGGGAUGCUGUCUCCGCCCAUCGGCGCCUAUCUGCACGCAAAGGACUUGGGCGGUUGGAUAGGGUCUGAAGCAGUUCCUAUUCCGAAUGGGCAAGGUGUCGGGAAGCUUGCCGAGCGUAGGGAGUUCUAUUUCAUCGAGGGUUGCAAUAUUGAACCAUGGAUCGAGGCGAGAUAG